AUGACAAUUGAAGAUAAUAAUAUAAUUAAAGAACAAUUAAAUUUAGAAAUUAGAAAAUUAAUUAUCAAUAAAUGGUAUUUUUAUGAAUCUAAUUGGAGUACUAUUAAUAAAAGAUAUAAUCAUAGAACUACUUUAAAAAAUAUUCCAGAUAUAAGAUUUAUAAAAGAUGUAUUAUUAAAACAGUUAGGAUACUUACCAGUCUUCUAUUUCUUAAAUGUUUUGUACGGAACUACUGAAUAUCCAGGACCAUACAAAGAAAUAGAUAAAGGAUUAUUGUUAUUGUAUCACUUGGUUUGUGGUUUAUCUGGUCAAAAGAUGGCACAAUUUAUGUGUUAUGCUACAUUUUACGAUUUAUAUAAAAAAUUUUGGAUAAGUAAUUAUAAAAAAAUUAAUAAAAUUGUUAAUACUGGCUUAUUAAGUUUGUUUUCUAAUAUAAGAAUAAGAUUAUUAGCUGCAAAAUUGUAUAACCCUACCGGUUUUAAAAAUGUAACAUUAAUAAUUGAUGGUCAUGAUUCAAAAAUUAAAUAUUAUAAUCCCGAUACAGAAAGAAUAAAGUUACAUUCAUAUAAAUUUAAAAAGCCAGGUAUAAGAACACAAAUUGUUGCAGAUAUGAAUAAAAUGAUUAUCUUUAUUUCUGAUUCUGAAAAAUGUGGAGAAUCGAAUGAUGGUUCAAUGUUUUUAAGAAUGAAUUUAUAUAACAAAUUACACAUUGGUGAUUGUUUAGCUAUGGAUGGUGGAUAUCCAUUAUUUAUAAAUCAAUUUAAAGAAAAUGCAUUAAAUUUAGGAUAUGAAUUUAAAGAUAUGCAUUUUAUGUAUCCGGCAAGAAAAGAAAAAGAUAGUAAACUAACAAUAAAUGAGUUACAUUAUAACAAAGUUUUUGUAUAUUAG